AUGGGAUAUGCAUCCCGGGCUCAUCUAGGAGUUACUAUAGUUGGAAUGACUUCUUUGGAUGAUCUCAAAGAUGAAAUUGCAGUUGAUAUAAAAGAUGUCAAUGGUUCUACAAAAUACAGAGAUCCGAAGGAUUUUAACUUAAAUCAUAGUGCCAUAAAUUCAGGUCAAAUCAUGAAAAGUCAAGACAGUUCUUGGAAUAUUUAUAAGAAAUAUAAGUGGUCAAAGAAAAUACAGGAAAUGGUUCAUGGAUCAUUUUUUCUUGGUUAUUGCGUCAUGAUGUUCCCGAUGGGUAUGGUUUGUCAUCGAUGGGGAGGUAAAAUACCGUUACAAAUCGCAAUGUCUGUAAAUGCCUUCAUUUCCUUUUUCACGCCGUGGAUAAUAGCCUGGGGAAGUUGGAAAGCACUUUGCGUGUGUCGCAUAUUACAAGGAUUAUCUCAAGCCGGCUUGUAUCCAGCGAUACAAAGUUUACUAUCAAACUGGGUACCAAUUAGCGAGAGAGGCAGUCUGAGUAGUUACGUAUAUACGGGUUCAGGAGUAGGUACCGUAUUAGCUUUCCAAGUAGCUGGUGUCUUGGCAUUCAGUAGAUUUGGAUGGCCCUCCACUUUUUGGUUUACGGGUAUAACAUGUUUUGUUGCGUUUGUACUGAUUACUGUUUUUGGUUCCGCGAGACCAGAUGACCAUAAAAGUAUAUCGGAAGCAGAAAAACUAUUUAUUAUUGGAAAAGUUAGCCAUCGCGUUCAACAGAAUGUCAAAAUACCUUGGAAAGCUAUCAUUACUUCGAUCCACGUUUGGGCAACUUUCGUGGCUCACGUCGGUAGUGCUAUAUUUUUUGUGUUCUUCUUCAUACAAAUCCCUACUUAUAUGAACGCUAUCUUGAAGUUGGACAUUCGAAGUAAUGGAAUAUUAUCAUCAUUGCCAUACAUAGCAGCGAUAUUCGCUUGUAUCGCUUUCGGAUUUUUAUCUGAUUUUCUAAUAAACAAAAAAGGGGUUUCAAUAAAAAAAGCAAGAAUUAUAUCAAGCUCAAUCGGAGCUUAUAUACCAGCCUUGUGUUGCCUGUUCGUUCCUUACACGACCAACACAGUGCUAGCGGUAAUUUGUUUUGUAACGUCAAGCACGGCACAUGCUGCGAUGCACAGCGGGUGGAUGGUGAAUUACAUAGACCUAGCGCCAAACCUGGCAGGUACUCUCAUGGCAACAGGGAAUACCAUCACCAAUAUUCUGAUCGUGUUUAUGCCACUAGUAGUCUCUAAUAUAGUCACUGACGUUACGGAUCAGCAUCAAUGGAGAAUCGUAAUGUUUCUGAUGACAGCCAUUGGUAUUGUAACGAACACUAUCUUUGUAACUUUCAUGACAACGGAGGUACAGCCAUGGAACGAGCCUAUAGUAGAAAAUGCUAACGAUCCAGAAGACAUCAAACUAGAAGAGAAAAAAGUGGAAAAAGAAGCGAAGCUAUAA